AGUCUUAGUAAGAGGGGAGACGUGCUUAAAGUGGUGUCUGGUAUAGUGAAUGGUGAUGCAAUUGAUUCUUACAUCAUCAUUACCUGAACAAGGAUACAUGAUAAACAACUUUUAAAUGGCGUACCAGUUAUAUGAAAUGCACAUCUCGUAUACUACAAAAUAGGUCGGUGGUGAAAUAUUGAAUGCAUAACGCAAGAAAAUGAUUGACGUUUAUAACAUUUCAGUUACUCUUUGUAUGGUGAAUACAGUGUAAUAUUAUGAAAGCUGCAUGCACAGCCGUAUAUUAAAAUUUUAUUGUAAAAUAAUACCAUGGUUGUAAUAUACACACAAGCCGUCAGACUACAACACCAGACCACAAGCAAUCAUUACUGACGUGUCAAGCAAACACUCAACGAAUUAUUACAGUGCGGUUGUGAAGACUUACUAUCAAGAGUUAGUAUAUACGGUGACUUAAAUACCGUGAACACGUGUGAAGAAAACACUGUGGUUGAGAAAGCAAGAUAUCACUACAAUACUUCGGACGCCCUCCUGCCAACUGUAGGGAGCAGGGAAAGCGUCCCCCUCACCCCACACCAGACCCGCCCCUCAUGACCAAACUUCCCCAGCCUUCCAAGAUGGGUGUAGGGGUCACUGAAGUGGUUGAGAUGUUCGCUACCAGCAUUUGUGACACCGAACCCGUCGUCAUAAAGGGAUCAGUGGAGUCUUCCAGUAGCCAGCAUGGUGUCAAGAGGCAUUUUUCUGAGCUCAGCCCAGACAGUCCUCAGCCACAAAGCCCCGGUACACCCGAAGCUGCCAGAAGGCCUAAGAAAAAGAGGAUAGCAAGCAGGCCAUCCCCAGACCAAGAUACAGACACAGAUGAAGAAGAAAUAGCAAAGAGAGUAUGCUUGGAGUGCCCAGCGUCAUCAGAUACAGAUUGUGAAACUACAAGUAGUAUCAGGGGGUCAUAUGCAUCAAGACGAAGACGAUUCUUGAGAACAGCUCAGGUUUUGAGACAGUCUGGGCUGCUGAAUAUAACCAUGAAGACGGCAGAACUGCUGCGCAAGAACCAAGUGUUACAGCGAGAAAUUGAGAACUUGCAGAGAGAAACCAGAACAUUUGUUCUAUCAGUUUUGUCCAACCCAGAAAAUCGUCAUAUUCUUGACAACAUUCGCUCUGGGGCCCAGUUGUAUGAGGUCGUUGUCCCCGGCUCACAGCGCAUCAUGUCAGUCUCCACUCAUCCCACUGAUGUUAAUAUGAACUCGGCAUCUUCAACCUUGUCAGAUGACAUGUCCAACGAUAGUAUAUCAUCACACAGCAAUAUGUCGUCACCCUCACCACCCCCUACGGUUUCAAGCUCAUCUGACGACGCCUCCUCUUUAUCAGAUGACAUUGAGUCAUCAGAAGAAGAGAAUUUAUCCCCACCAAAAAGUGUGUUUAAUUCUGAGCAUUAGUCUCAGGUCUCAAGUGUAUCAAAACAGCAGACAAAUAGAACAAAACAGUACAUUAAGUUAUUAUCAGUCACUGAGUAAGAUUGGCUUGAACAAUUAUAUACGUACUGGAUUUUCUGAAAGACUACUACAGUGACAUUCAACAGUGUACUGGACGACUUCUUUCAUAUAAAUCCAUUGGUUGUAAAUCUUGGAUGAUGGAAAACACUUGAGGGUUUUUCUCUCACUGAUUGUGAUAUGUUUAUUUGUGCAUUUUUAACUUAUUUUGUGGAUGCAAUGGACACUUAGCAAUACACACCCUUUAUUCUUGAGGUGUUUUAACAGGCACAACUGAAUGCUGUUUGACUUCCCAUAUUCCAUUAUUCUCUUAGGAUUGGUAAAAGUGUGAGAUGUAACACCAGAAGUUUUAGAUAGUGCAUGAGUUAAGAGCAGAAUACAUUCAGCCAACACAGAAUGGCAUUCAAUUCAUUCCAUAUGGAAGUUAGGUGGUGUUAGUGAAUUACCAACUCAUCUGACUUCGGUAGAUGAACCAAAAUUGCUAUGUUUGCAGAGCACUGAUUUUAUUUUGAUGUGAUGAAUGAAAUUACAAUUGGCUGCAUUAAUAUAAUUUCUGUUACAUCUGUUUGAUCUUUUUUUUUUGGUAUGGAAAUUUUCGUCAUUUUUAAAUAGCUCAAGUAGUUCCUAAUACAGUACAGUAUUUCUAAUUUAUGAGUUAAUUUGAAGUCUCCUUUUCAGUUGUCAAGUAAUGCAUAGAUAGUAUUUGUUACUUUUUUUGUACAUUUGUUUUCUCCAAGACAUUUGACCAAGAUUUUUUAAUAUGAGACAAAAUGUAUGAUUUUAUAAAUAUAAAUUUCAAACCCAUAACAGUACAUUGCUUUCACUCAGAGCUUCAUGAUCAGGUUGUGCAUGUAUAAAGGGAGAUUCUUUCCUGGUUAAUAGUCAUCAAAAUUGAAUCAGCUGCUGCAUGAAUUGUGAAAUAAGAGGAAUGUUUAUGGUAUACAGUAAACCCUUGCUAUUUGCCCCCCGCGAAUGGUGCGAAUAGCAACUUAUACUACCUUAGUGCACUACUGUAUACCUAUAGUGUGUAUGAGAAACUUAAGUCACCAAUACUACUCUCCUUCAUAUUGGAAGUUUGGAGCUUGAUGAAGUGUAUUGUAAAGUAGAAUGAAACCUGGUUACUGAAGCAUAGGGAGAUCAUCAGGAGCACUGUUGGAAGAGGGUGAUGCAGUGGUGGUUGAUGGAAAGGCGGGUGGUAGAGAGGCGUGGCUGGGAGGUGGGUGGUAGAGCAGCAGCUGACUGAGUAGGUAAGCGAAAGAAAUCAGCUGGGCGAGCUGCUAGUUCAUUCUUGUAAAACAUCGUGAUUGGUAGUUGUUUCCUCUUAGUUUUGAUGUUUAUAAAUGUUUCACUCCACUAGCACUGACACUAGGCAGUCUUUUAGGGGCCAUUUCACCCACAAACACUAACGAUUUCAGUACAACACUAAGAGAUGCUGCAUCGCAGGCAAUGUUUGAGCACAAACAAAGGGAGAGGAGACACUGCUUGCACGUGGGGGUGACUAGUUGCACUGCGGGCAGGCUCAUAAGCUAGCCACCAUCUGCUUACCGUGAAUAUUCAAAAUCUCAAACCCACGAGUAGCAAGGGUUUACUGUACAGAUAUUUCUGAUUUGCAGUUCAUAUAAUGUGGGGUGCAAAAGUGUAACUUCGUGUGAGGAUGUCCCUAGUGUGGUACUAUGGUACAGUACAAGGAUGUCCCCUGUAUGGUACAGCACAAGGACAUCCCCAGUAUGGUACAGUACAUUAUGUGUCGUCCAGUUCCAGGUGCUCACAUUCACUUAAAGACGUUCCACUCUCCGCAGCAUGUUGAGUGAGAGUCUUGGGUUAAUAUUUAUACUACAUGUGAUUCUCAUUUCUAGCUGAAAUAUGGCUUUUAUAUUAUUGUUAAUUAGAUGGGAGAAGCUUAACACAAUUUACUCUGGUCAGAUUUUACAUAUAUCCUGUCUCUGAUGUCUUUUAUAUUUUAUGAAAUUAACCAUACCUAAUUAUGCUUCAGUGAACUAACUACAUAGCUUACACAACACCUUUGUCAUAUAUUUGCAAAUGUCAACAUUCUUUAUGAGAAGCACAUAGCAGUACUUCAUCGUGUGUUGUUGUUUCAGUCUCCUGUAACACAGUUGCCCUACAGUCUUCAUGGUACAGUACUUGUAUACUGUACUGUAUUUCUAUAAAUCAUAUGGGUUCCCACCUUGCACUUGUACCUUUAAAAGUAUAAGUACCUUUUAUAAUCUUUUAGAACUCUCACUUCAGAUUCCUUUCCAUUGAUAUUAUAUGCAAUUAAACAUAAUUUGACAAGACUGGAAGACAUUCAUAAGGAAGAGUUUUAGGUAGUUUGUCAGACAUAUGGAUAUUUUAUUUUAUAUUUUUUUAAAGUAAAGGAUGUCUGUUGUCUCAUAUUUAUAACAUACAAUACUGGCAUCAGUCUUGAUUUCCCCUUGGAACUAUUAUGUAGUCUGAUCAGGAAAAUGGUCAAUAUAUAUUAGCCAUGACAUAUUAAUGAAUCCCCAGAUGUAUUCUCAGAAGCAAGCAUGAUUUAGAGUUUGUUUUGUUGUGUCUCACCAUAGAUAUAAUUAUGUCACUCUUCAUAUACACAUUUGUUUAACGAUGCGUACCAGUUUCUUUACACUGUACUUUCUUUCAAGAAUUUAUAAUACUGUAGUAAGAAAGACACAAAAUUUUAUGAAUAAUUUUUUCACAUUUUGCAUUUCUGUCCAGUACCUGCAGUUGCCUUUUCCAAUUAUAUUUUGAUGACUCCUAAACUAACAAUAUGUUAGACAUGAACUACAGCCACAAGCAGUGGAUUGUUCACACAAAGCUGUCCUUUUCAAUAUGUAUAUGCUGUACAGUAUAGGAAUUGUUAAGCAUUUUAGAAAAGAUUAAUCUGUGCCACACAGGAGAUACCUUUGACUUAUAUACUUGAGGGGUGUGAAGAGCAGGAAAAUCAUCCCAUUGGAAGUUCUAAAUGAUAUCAGAGUUGUGUGUGACACCUUUUUGGAAAUACAGUACUGUACUGUACAGAUACGUCAAUUUGAUCUGAUGUUACAGAAAAGGUUCCCUGGACACUGGUAAGAGUGACCAAGAGUUAUACAUUAAUAAAUUAUUAUCAACAUACUGUUCAAUAUAGCCCAUGCUCAUGAAAAAGCAUUUUGUUACAAAGAUGUUCUUGCAGUAUGUAAGAAUGACUCAACUUUUAGUUGUGACCACUCGCCACCAGUGGGAAAAGGCUUACAAAACAAGGAAACCUAAUUAUAUAACUGUUAUUGUUGCCAAUAUAUUUUUUCUUCUUCUAGUACCUUACAUGAUGAAGGUAAAGGGGGAGAACUACUCUGAAGGUUCACUACAAGUCUCCAAACAUUAAUUUGAUACAAUAAAGCUUUAGUAAUUUGUAAAGUGUGACUCUGACUUAUAUUGAGAUGAAGAACACUUUGGUGUGCAUACUGCUGCUUGGUCUGUCAUAUGUCUUAACUUGGCAUAAGGUGCAGAAAGGUCUAUCUCUGGUGCUAAAUGUGUGCUAUCUCUAGGUUCAUAGGACUGGACUCUUUUGCACUGAAACUCUCCACAAACUAUCCUGGACUAUCAGAUGGAAGACAUCUGAUAGUUUUUCUUUCUGACAUUAUUUUAACAAAACUUAGUCUGAUG